GCUACCUCUUAGAAGAGAAGGUAAAUGUUUCUGUUCUUCCAUGUUAAGAAGAUUUUUGCUGGUGCCACUGGAAAGGAAGAAAUGGGUUUUGGAGAAGCAGGGAAUAAUGUGCUAAUGCUCAACAGGUGGAGCCAGUCAUGCUGCUCAUCCCUUGAAGACUGAGGCAGAACGGUUUCGCAAUGACCUCCCUCAGUGAAGCAAAUGCUAAAUUUGUCGUUGACUUCUUCAAUGUGGUGAGGAAAAGCCAUCCAUGCGAAAAUGUUAUCUUUUCUCCAGUGAAUCUCUUAACGGCCCUGCACCUGCUGCUUUAUGGAUCAGGGCGUGACACAAAAGCUGAGAUCGAAAAGGUGCUUCAUCAUCUCAACAAAGCUGAAGAACAUGCAAGUUCAGGAGCCAGGAGCCACUCUGAAACAGCAACAAGAACUGACAGUUUAGGAAGCAAGCUAAGCCCAGAUUUUCCAAAAUUAUCAAACGCUCAGGCCAUCAUGAGUGAGGCUGUGUGUGAAGCUGAGGAAGGAGCCUCCUCAUUUACGACAUCUGGAGAAGAUAACAGACAAGCAGAUAGCAAUUUGGAUUUGUCAGUGGCAGAAACUAUUCCUCAACUUGAUGCUGAGGAAGCUACUCCUUAUUUUAUUCCUUGGAGGAAACAUCUCCUGGGAAGAGAAGAGGUUGAAUAUCUCAUUCACGAACUGUCAUCUCCAGAGGGGAAAUUAUCCGAGAAUCUAGCUAGUUCACAUGAAAACCAGGAAGAACAAUCUAGAAAUGAAAACAUGACAACUGCAGAAGCACCUCUCCCUACAUCUUCUUCAAGUGUCCAAGUAGCCACCGAUGAUAUCAGUGCCCUGUUGUGUGUGUUCAGACAUACAGUAGAACAUGCAGAGAACAAUGUGCAGGCGUUCAAGGAAACCUUUGACAUUUUUAAAGAAUGUUGUGACAAAAUGUGCACAAGCAUGACAAAUCUGCAAGGAGUUUUGGAAACGUUAAUAACCAUUUUAAGAGAAUAAGAAAGAAAUAGCUUUUAUGGGAAGGAAGUGUAUGAAAUACAUUUACUGAACUGGAAGAUAAGUCUGAUAUAAAUUAACCAACAGUUUAUGUGUUUUCCUUGCACAAUGGGACAACAGAGGCUAGAAACAGAUGACCAAUUUACUACUCACCUUCACCUGAUGCUAGGUAAAACUCUCCUUACCACCUAGCAGGAUGAUAGAGAGGGUUCAUAUGGAUUUCCAUGUCAGCUUCCUUCAGUGUGUAUGUAACCACUUCACUUGGUUUUCGCCAAGCCUUAAAAACCUGGCUAUUCAGGCGGGCCUAUGGAAUUGGCGAGGAUUAAUUUUUAUGAGGUUUUAACUGGAAUUGCUUUUAAAUUGAUUAUGAUUAUGUUUGCUGGUUUAUUAUGUUGUAUAUUAUGUACUGCUCUUAUUAUUGUAAGUCGCCUAGAGUGUCCACUAACCUGGACAGAUAGGCGACCAACAAAUAAAAUUUAUUAUUAUUAUUAUUAUUCACAAGAUGGCUGCCUGAGCCCUCACAGAUGAUCAUACUACACAGGGUGAAGUUACUAAACCUAGUUGUCUGUAUCAUCCUGCAAGUGGUAAGAUAGAUCAGGUGCAAAUGUGUGGGUAAAAUACAUGACAAAAUUGCUGUUUGCAGACAACCUCUAUACUAAUCUGCCAAGAGGAAAGGAAAAUUUGAACAACUUCCUAGGCAUGGCUAUGUGGCAAAACUCUCAUCUGUAUCCGCACAAUGGCCCUUUGUACUGGCCUUUUACGGUAGGAUUUCUUGUUAAGGCAUGAAAUUCUAAAAAGAAUGCUCUGAGGAAAGGAAUAAAAUGCAUCAAAAAUAAAUGGUGCUUUUUCCAGUCUAGUGACUUCCUGCACAAUCAAACCAAGCCCUUUCCCAAGCUUUUUUCAUGACCUCCAUAUUUCUAAUGUUCAAUGACAAACUUCAGUAAUGAAAUUUCAAAAGAUGUUUUAGAAUGUUGAGGUCAUCUGCCUUUUAAAUAAGCUUGUUUCUUGAUGUCUUUGGUUUUAUUGCGUUACUUUUUACUGAUUUUAUAUCUGUAUAUUAAUUUUUUCAUAAACUGCUUUGAAAAGUUGCUUUGGAAAGC